AUGGGACAUGCGGUGCCCAUCACAGCAGAUAUGCAGGAGAUUGCCACGAAGACCAGCGCUGCCGAGACAGACGCGGUCAGUGCUCGCGUGAGUACAGCGAGCAAUGCCAUUCAAAGGCUUGAGACGCUGGCGACCACAAAAGUCUCCACUGAUACCUUUGAGCGGCUGCAGGCAAGGAUUGACACUAUGGAGGCGCUGGAGAUGGCUGGAGCAACUGGGGUCUCCGUCAUCAGGAAGGCGGACAGCGAGACACUUGGGAAAGUGGCGCAAGCCGUGACGGAACAGGCCCGACAACUGGAAACAGUGUCAAGUCAAGUACGCGAUCAAAACGGUCGAGUCGAGGUGAUCGAAGGCCGCACGGAGACGUUGAAAGAUCAGCUGUUCAACAAGGCCGAAUCCAACAACGUUUACACUGUGGAUGGAGUGGAUGGGAUGCUGCGAGGGUACUACAAUCGCGAAGAGAUGGAUGCACUGUUGUCUCGUAUCUGGUGGCGACUGGGUGAUGUGGGCAAGGCUCCCAACAACACUGGGCCACGACCACCCACGAGGUAA